AUGCCUGCGUUGAUUUGGCGGUGAGAUUGGAUACCUUUGGUUGGUUGUUCGCUCCUCCGUCAGACGUCAGUGUAAACGGAAGUGAAAGACAACUGUGACGUUCGUGUUUAAAAGCGAUUCGACUGAUUUGUUUCAAAUAUUCCAACGUUUUAAUCUCGGUCUGGGAUUAAACGUUUGUUUUUAACGUUCGAGUUCUGUUGAUUCAAGGUUUGAAUCAACAGGUUUGAGUUAUUAAUGCCCCUGCCCCUCCUCUUUGCCCUCCCAUGUGAACACACUCCCAACCGUGGAAUUAAAAAAAGACAUGACUUUAUCUGAGUGAGUGAGUGAGUGUGUGUGUGUUUGGAAUCUCCUCCAUGACGCCACGCGUGUUUGAGAGGCCGCCUAUGAAGAGGAGUUAAAGGGGACAAAAGUGAAAGUGAAAAAUCUCAGAAUGUGAGCAGCGCCGCAGCGGAGCAGACAGGGCGGACGGAGUCAACAACCGAGGACGCUGGAGUCCCGAUGGUCACUGUGGCAGAAUGUCCUCAUGGAGAAUCUUCAGCUCCCUCUGUCUGUUGGUGGCGUCUAUUCCCCUCUCAAGACCCAACUGUUGGGAGUACUUCGACAUGAGAUCCUGGGGAGGGGGAAACCUGACACUGGACUUCCCGCUCGUGGAUGCAGACCGACCAAAUAACCGACUCCUCUGUACUCUGUGGAAGGCCUGUGAAACCUUUGAAACUUCAAAGAAUGUGUCUUUGGCUCAUCUUUGUUCCAUGUACUAUCACUGCUUUGACACUGAUUUUGACAAGAGCAGCUGCCAGCAGCAGACUUCUCAGAGGAUCUCGUUCUAUCACCUCAUGUGUCUCUCGGCCAACGUUCUGGCCACCUCCCCUGAAGAGGCCCCCCCUGGCUGCAGGUUUGACCCUGUGUGUGAUCUUUACUCACAAGUGACUCCGUCUGUCGUAGAUCAGACCAAAACACCACCAACAGUGUCGACAACCACACCUAAAUCAACAGAAACAACAACUGGACUGACACCACCACCACCAACAACAACAACAACAACAACCGCAGCAGUAACAGCAGCAGCAGCAGCAGCAGUGACGCCUUACAGCAGCAGCAGCAGCAGCAGCAGCAGCAGGUUACAUACAACCGCAGUCAUAUCAAAUGGCCAGAGUUUAAAAGUGGAUGGAGCGGGAGGUGGCGCCACAUUAAUCCUGUACCUUCUGCUGAUGGCCUUCGUCCUGCUCGUCCUGCUCGCCCUGCUUGCGUUCACGGCGGCUGUUUGGUUCUGCAGGAGGAUGCGGGGCCAGUCACAGGAACAGAAUGUUUCUGAGCGAGGUCCAGAGACCGUGUGCCUGGACAAGUCGGUGGAGGGUUUGGGCUGUGACCAUUUUUAGGUCCACUCUGUAGUUGGUCCAACAGAACAGAGAACUGAGGUUCAGGUGGAACAGACUCUGACCUGGACAUUUUUCUCAAAAAUGGUUUGCUCCUCAGUUUGCACCUCCCGAGGAGCUGCUGCUGUGGCAGUCCAGCACCAGGUCAAAGGUCAACGAUGGUUCGCAUCAGACUGAAGCUGAAGUCUGUGUAAACAAAGAAAAAUCCCUUCAUAUUUGUCCAUAUUUAUAGCAGACUGAAGAGUGGACGCUCACAGGCCGUGGAAACAGAUCAACAGACCAAAGGACAGACAGAGUGUUUUUUUGUUGUCGCCUCUUUCUGUGGGAACUGAGUUCAAAGGUGAAUGAGAAAAUAAUUCCAUGUGCAGUUUAAUAUAAAUGAAGGAAGGACAUUUUCACUCAUAUAGUACGUCUGCGGGGCAGUGGUGGAUUGGUGGUUAAGGAAACGGACUUGGGUCCGACCAGCUAGUAAAAGUUUGACAAGUGCAUCGUCAUCAUGAUUGGACAACCAUACGAAAGGGUAAAUUUGAUGUGAAUCCAUCUUCUACUCCGACUCCAACUAUCUGCAUGUCCUCCGUCACUGCAUCCAUAUCUCUCCUACCUGGUAGUUCCAUCUCUGGCAUCAUCUUCUACUGAUAUAUCCACUGUCCAUUCUCUGUCAUAGUGUAUAGUAAUAGUAAUAGUUUCUAGUAGUGUAAGCGUAAUCCGUGACUUUUUUUUUUUUGCAGUGUUGUGCAUGACUAACUAUACUGAAUGACUAACUAUACUGAAUGACUAACUAUACUGAAUGACUAACUAUACUGCAUGUCCGGGAACAGACCCAAGACCUGAAAAUCAAGAUGUUGUCCCAUAUCCUGAUACGUUUUUUCAAGCUAAAGUUACAUUUGGUAACUCCUGCUGUUUUGAUACAAACUAAAUUUCUUUCGGUCGAGUUAAUACGUAAUUCUCCAGUUAAAACGUAAUUCUCCAGUUAAUACGUAAUUCUCCAGGUGAGCUGCGCUUUGUUCCCGUACGCUGACUAAAGGCUUUUAUUCUGAAAUAUCGUACAGGAAGUGCUGACAUUGUUGACGCAGAGCGUCUGCAUGAAACUCUCUGACCAAGCGCGGUGAAAGCAAAAGGUAAACACAUGUUAAUGUACACGCUUUCUCUACUUGCAUGUGUGUGUGUGUGUGAGAUACAGUAAUAACACGUAGUACAGUGUGUAUCUGCAAAUAAACGACAAACAGCGAGAAUGUGUGUGUGUGUGUUAAAACUAAGCUAACGUCUUCAAACGGAAAGCAGCGUGGACAAAACUCAUUGGUCGGUUUAAUACAACGUGAUAAAGUUAAACAUGUAGUUUUUCUUCUCUUAAAUGAAGAACACUUCGCGUUUGUGUUUCAUAAAUAAAGAAUAAUUAGCCGAGUGUGAAUGCAAACUGUGUUGCUAAGCUAGCUGAGGGUUGACGGUUACCGAGGCCAACUGUCGUUAACGCCGCGGUCGUUGUUAGAACUGCUUUAUGUUUCACGGAAAUCUCUAGAAGGAAAUGCAGUAACACUGUCACAACAGAGGAGUUAGACGUUUGUGUAAUGAUAAGUAAUGUUAAGUUAAUGAGUUGCAGUUCUACCCCCUGCCACCAGAGGGCUGCAGAUAUAAUGUAUUCCCCGGAUGUGUGUAGGUUAGGGUUAGGGUUAGAAGUCAUCACGGACGAAUAAGAGUGAUGACAGCGUACCUGUAUGCAUGCUUACACCAUCGUUAAUAAACGUGUUCAGUGA